GCAAAGCAUACUAGUCCUCUCUGGUUUUACUACAAAAAGCCACUGACCAUUUAACAUUCUCACUAAGAAAGAGGAAGAGAUCGAGAGAGAGAGAGAGAGAGAGAGAGAGAGAGAGAGAGAUGGAUGCAAUUUUCACUUACGUUUUCAUAUUCCUCCUAACCCUUCUCUCAUUUUUAAUUUUCAUGAAAAGGGACAAGAGAGAGGAGCCCGAGAAAAGGGCUAAGCUCCCUCCAGGUUCAUUGGGUUGGCCUUAUAUAGGAGAAACUCUUCAGCUCUAUUCUCAGGACCCAAACACUUUCUUUUCUACCAAACAAAAAAGGUACGGGGAAAUUUUCAAGACGCAUAUCCUCGGGUGUCCAUGUGUCAUGCUGGCAAGCCCCGAGGCCGCCAAGUUUGUAUUGGUGACUGAGGCUCACUUGUUCAAACCCACAUACCCCAAAAGCAAAGAACGUUUGAUUGGUCCUUCAGCACUGUUUUUUCACCAAGGAGAUUACCAUAUUAGGCUGAGGAAAUUAGUCCAAGGAUCUCUCUCCCUUGACAUUAUUCGAAAUUUGGUGCCUCAUAUUGAGGCCAUAGCUGUGUCUGGCUCAGACUCCUGGGUCUCUGGCCAAGUCAUCAACACCUUCCAUGAAAUGAAGAAGUAUUCUUUCCAAGUGGGUAUACUUGCAACUUUUGGCCAUUUGGAGGCACAUUACAAACAAGAACUCAACAACAACUACACCAUCCUGGAGAAAGGCUACAAUUCCUUUCCCACAAACAUUCCGGGAACAUCAUACAAAAAGGCUUUAUUGGCAAGGAAGAGGCUAAGAGAGAUUCUUGGCGACAUUAUCAGUGAGAGGAAGGAGAAGAGGCUACUUGAAAAAGAUCUAUUGGGUUGCUUGUUAAACUCUAAAGAUAAAAAAGGUGAAGUCUUAACUGAUGACCAAAUUGCAGACAAUAUUUUGGGUGUGCUUUUUGCUGCUCAAGACACCACAGCUAGCGUUAUGACCUGGAUUCUCAAGUACCUCCACGAUGAGCCCAAACUUCUAGAGGCGGUAAAGGCCGAGCAUAAUGCAAUUCGUGAAUCAAAUGAAGAAGGCAACCAACCAUUGAGCUGGGCACAGACUAGAAACAUGCCAAUAAGUUCCAAGGUUGUGUUGGAGAGUUUGAGAAUGGCGAGCAUUAUAUCUUUUGCCUUUAGAGAGGCAGUGGUUGAUGUGGAAUAUAAAGGGUACUUGAUUCCAAAAGGUUGGAAGGUGAUGCCUUUGUUCAGGAACAUUCAUCACAAUCCUGAAUUUUUUGCCGACCCUCACAAAUUCGAUCCUUCUAGAUUGGAGGUUGCACCAAAGCCCAAUACAUUUAUGCCAUUUGGCAGUGGAGUGCAUGCCUGUCCAGGAAAUGAACUUGCCAAGCUAGAAUUACUGAUUAUGAUGCACCAUUUGGUUACCAAGUUCAGGUGGGAAGUAGUGGGAUCCCAAAAUGAGAUUCAAUAUAGCCCAUUCCCAGUGCCUCUCCAUGGACUCCCAGCCAAAUUUUGGAAAAAAUCUACCUGCUAGUUGAGCUGUCAUACUCUCCCCAAAAUUAACUUUUUCCCAUAUUCUAUGUUUUGGGCUAAGGCACCCUUUUUUUCUUUUUCUUUUUUUUUUUGUUUUCCCCACUCUAAUAUUGUUAUCAAUUU